CUGUAUUAAUGCUGUGUUUUUCCUCGCCAAAUUUUAUUUGAUCGUUUUAAGCAAAGUAAAAGAAAAAUGGGACGACGUUGCUGCGUUGCCAAGUGCCCGUCGACGUCGCGUCUCUUGGAGCACCACGGCGUCACAUAUCACUCGUUUCCCCUCGACCCGAUAAUCCGUACAAUUUGGAUCAAGAACUCGCGCAUCAGCCUGGACAGGCAGAUUACAAAGAGCGUUCUGGUGUGUUCGCGCCAUUUUCGACGAAUCGAUUUCAAUACCAUACGCAAUGGGAAAUAUUUGCUGAAGCCGCGCGUCUUUCCUACCGUUUUUCCAUGGGGCAAAAUGGAUGCCUCUGAAAUAGAGGCCGAUCAUCGUGCUCUGCAGCAAGUCAAUGGUGAUGGUACAGCCGCACAGGGUGCUUCGGCCAGUUCCGGUAAUGAGGAUGUGAUCAAGGCAACUGUGGACCAAAUUGUUUCGCAAAUCAUGGCCGAGACAGCGGAACGUAAUGCCACGGCAGCUGUCGAAGCAGUCAGCAAUGCGGAGAAAGAGAAGGAAGUGGCCAAAGCAGUUGCCGCCGAAGAAGCUGAAGGCGCUUUAAAAGAGAGUAGUUCGACUGGAGGGGAUUCCGCCGAUGCUCCACCAAAUGAAGACGAAUCAGCAACGGCUGCUGAAACAAGUGCAGACUCUCCGCUGCCUUCCGCAAACAACCAACCCAAAUACAGCAAUCCCCAUAAUUUGAUAAUAGGAGCACGACUCGAGGCCAAAAGCGUGGAUGGCGCUUGGCUGCCCGCUCGCAUUGUGGAGGUCAAUGAAACGGAGCAAACACUCCUCAUCCGUUUCGAACGGAACAAUAAGAUAAAGACGAUGCCCUCCACCAUGGGCACUUAUCAGGAGUGGAUGGCCAUCAAAUCGGAUCGCGUACGACAACGCGUCAGCAACCGAAUACUUCCCGUGUUCGAAUUGGAAGAGAAAUGCAUGGCACGCUGGUCGGGGCCGCGUAAAUUUCCGGGUACCAUCAAGAAGCUGCUCGGCCACGACACCUACGAGGUACUCUUUGACGAUGGCUACUCCAAGAACGUUCGUGCUGUGCACAUGAACAAGCUGCCCAAACCAGAUGCCGUUGAAGACGUGGAGGUUGCUCCAGCCAAUACGACAUCUGUGAAGAGGGCAAGCACUGGCACGGCCAGUGGCACUAGUGCCUCGAGCAGCAAGAAGAGCAAAAACUCACAGCGCAAGGAUUGGCCACUGCUCGACAUGUCUACAUUGGAUAUGGAUGCUCUGGGGUUGCCGGAGAUACCACACGAUGGAGAAUGGACGUGCCACUGGGUGAACGAUCAACCGAUUGGCACCGAAGGUUUUCUAAUUGUGGGCGAGCACCAAAAGCCCACGGUGAUUGUGCAGGACUGGCGUCUGCCCACCGGCUGGAUCAAGCACAUGUAUCAGCGUUCUAAUGUCCUCGGAAAGUGGGAUGUCAUUCUGGUCUCGCCCAGCGGCAAACGAUUCCGCUCCAAGUCAGAUCUGAAAGUCUACCUCGAGUCGCAGGGAUUGGUCUACAAUCCGGAUAUUUAUGACUUUAGCAUUCAUCGUCGUCGCGCCAAGGACAUCAAUGCCUAUGUGUACACUGGCGACUACAGUCCACAGCCGCCGCACAAGACAAAAACAAUGAAUGUCUCCGCGCUGGACACUACCAUGGACCAGAGCAAUACAACAUUGCCAGCAACGACCCCCUCGACACCCUUGUCAGCAGGUGUGCCACCCCAUUCCGGGGACAUUCAGUAUAUGGAGGCACCCGUAGCCCCAUUGAUGCCACCGGCAGAGCUGAUGUCGCCACCAACCCAUCAAACAGAUGACGACCAUCCAACCGCUGAUAUGCCAGAAGGCACUGAAAGUGGCACCUCUCUGAACGUUCCUGUGGACGAUCAGGGUACGGUUCUGGUCGAGAAUGGCUAUGCUUUUAUUGGCGGCCUGAAGGUUUCCAUUGUGGAUAAUUUGUUCGUUUGUCCGGGCGAGGGAUGCGGCAAAACGUAUCGCAAGGAAGACGUUCUGCUUAUACACAUCCGACACUACCACAAGGAAUUUUCCGAAUAUGUCAGCCACUGUCCCAAGAUGCAGGAACUGGCUGUUAAACGGACCCAUGCCUCUUCCAUUGAUCAGGGCGAUGCUGUGCCCAAGAAUCAAAUACCCAAUCAGCAGUUCUUUGCCAAGAUGCAUCAGCAGGAUAUGCAGCAAUCGCGAUCCUUUAAGCGUCAGGGAGGGACACCAGGAGCUACACCAUCGCCAAAACCGCCAGGGACUCCAACGGGUGUUUCACCCACUAAAUCGCAGGCUUCGCCCAUUGUAGACAAACCGGCCACGCCCUUGCCUGUGGCUGAGAACACUGUAACAUCAGAGGCGAUCAUUACUUCGAAAAUGAGUGGUGGUUCUGGUGCUGCUGCUGCAGAAAUCUCCUCUCCAACAUUGUCGCAGGACUCGCCACUUGGUCGCUCAAACAAACGACCACGUUAUUCGUCCUCGAGACGUUCGUCUGGAUCCCGCAAGAGCAAUCGCCAGCGCUCACGCCGUCGUCCUGCUAAUGCCACACCAACUGGAUCAACCACUGCUGACCCGGACUCCCGCGAGCUGCGUAAAUCCUUAAACACUCCUACGCUGGAGGUGCGCCCAGACGCCAAGAAGCGUCGAAUGAUGGCGGGAACAACGCCAAGCAGCUCCCCUGCCACAGCGGACACAGCCGUGUCGACACCCUCGUCCAAUGAUCAGGCAGACAUCAACGCGGCUGUGGCUCCACCGCAGACAGAGACUCAUGGCGGCAAGGCUCCGCAGUACAUCAAUGAGAAUGGACAACUGAUUCGAAUUGUCCGUAUGCGUCAGGAGGAGAUCAUCAAUUGCCUCUGUGAGUAUGGCGAGGAGGAUGGCCUGAUGAUCCAGUGCGAGCUGUGCCUGAGCUGGCAGCAUGGGGGCUGCAACGGCAUUGUUAAUGAGUCUCAGGUGCCGGACAAGUAUGUCUGCUAUAUCUGCCGCAAUCCCCCACGGGUGCGCAAGUCGAUGCGGUACAAACACGACCAGGAGUGGCUGUUUGAUGGCAAGCUGCCAGCGGCCGCGUAUCACACAACGAAUCCACUGACAGGUAAACAAUCGGAGCUGCUCAAGCGCUCCCAUACGCUCACUGGCAAUCUGCUGGAUGCCAAACGCACGAUGCAUUCGCUGCGGGUGAAGAUGAACAUUUCCCGCAAUCGCUGCCAUCCCAAGCUGUAUCUGUGGGCCAAGAAGUGGGAUGAGGACCAGGGCGACGCCUCAACGACACCAUCGAAGCGUCCCAAGCCAGAGCAACCUGGUUUUCCCCAUAUCCCACAACCCGAGGCCGCUAUCGAUCCCGAGGAAUGUCAGUUUCGCUUAAUCGAGCAUGUAAAAGUGCAGCAGUCCCUGGUCCUAAAUCGUCUCAACGAAAUCGAGGCCGAAAUGGAUGAGCUAGAAAACGAGGAUAUCCUUAGUGAUCUGAAGAGCGCGGACAUCUCGGUGACCAAAGAGGCCGUGGCCACAUUUGUCAGGGAGCUGGAGACGUUGAAGCGUUUAGCUCGUCUCAACUAUGUGGGCAAUGAGAAUAGUCUUAAAGACAAGGAAGCAGGAGCCACGGCAAAUCAAACAUUUUAAGAUUUCUAUGUUUAAAUGAUUGAUAAAUAAGAGAUCCAGGAGAAGCCUCUUUGUUUUAUCUCUCGCUCUCUGUGAGACAACAAAUAAUUUUCAACUUAACUUGCAUUCAGAAUAAAUGUUAAACCCUAACGUA